AGUUUCCUGACCCUCUGCAGCCAGCCCAAAGAUGACGACCAAAACCACACAUCACAGUGUGACGUCGAUGACUGACUGGCCUCGACUAAUGCGAUGGGGUCGGGUGCUUCCUCUUCCGGCUAAAGCUCGGUCGGGACUGCCCAAGCUCCCCAAAUCUUUGCUGGCCCAGCAAAGUCCAAUUUUUGACCGCAAGUCGAGGUCGAUGUGAGCCACACCAUUCACCACCCACCGCCCCGGCUGAAUUUCCCUCAUGCUCGCACGCCGCACGUAAUCCCAUCCUCCAACGCCGUCGCCAUGCGCAAUCUCAAGAUUGUGGGCAGAUCGCUCCUGCGCUUCACCGGGGAGGAGCCGCGACCGCUCACUGCCACGGCCUGGGACGCUGCGUCCGAUGCACUGAUAUGUGCAUUUGGCCCUACCGAGUCACGUGCCGUCAUCGAACUGACCCGCCUGCACUACGACGGCAACAGCUCUGAACGCAAGCUCGAGGGCAUUGCUUCGUGGGAUGCGCCCUGCCCGCUUCCCUCGCUUCCUCACGACCGCAUCGUUGACCUGCAUCAUUUCUCUGACACCUCUACAACCUGCCUUGUACUAGCCGGCGGCGACAUCAUCCUCGUCCGAGAGCAUCGUGACCAUGACCAGGACCUCGUGGAGAUUGUGGGAUCCAUCGAUGCUGGCAUCUCGGCUGCCGCGUGGUCUCCGGACGAGGAGCUGUUGGCUAUCGUCACGGCCGCGGAUACCCUUCUUUUGAUGACAAGAGAUAUCGAGAACAUAACCAGCGUCACGCUGACAGCAGACGAUGUAAACGUCUCGAACCAUGUGUCCGUCGGAUGGGGCAAGAAGGAGACGCAGUUCAAGGGCAAGAGGGCGAGGGCGUUGCAGGAUCCCACUGUACCAGAACGAAUAGACGAGGGAGUGCUCAGCCCAUUUGAUGACCGGUCCGUAACCAUCAGCUGGAGGGGAGACGGGGCUUUCUUUGCCGUCAGUACCAUUGAGCAGGAGCGGCGAAGAAUGAUCCGAGUCUACUCCAGAGAGGCAGAACUGGACAGCGUAAGUGAACCAGUCGAUGGUUUGGAGGGAGCCCUCAGCUGGCGGCCAUCCGGCAAUCUCAUGGCGAGCCUGCGCCGGCUCUCUGACCGCAUCGAUGUGGUGUUUUUUGAACGCAAUGGCCUUCGUCACGGCCAGUUUGAUCUUCGCUUUACCGCCGAGCAGCUCCAGGAAUUGAAGUCGCCCCUUGCCCUCCGAUGGAACAAUGACUCAACCAUUCUUGCCGUGUCACACCCUGGAAAAGUCCAGUUGUGGACGAUGAGCAACUAUCAUUACUAUCUAAAACAGGAACUGGUAUUUCCCCAGGGUUCCGCUCGAAAUGUGAUGUGUGGUUGGCAUCCAGAGCGUCCCUUGUCCGUCGCUCUUGCAACUGCUGACUCGCUCCACCUUCUCGAUUAUCUCUCUGCUCCCGCGACUGGAUCAGUCUCACCCCCGCAUGACUACGGAGCUGUCGCCACUAUUGAUGGUAUGUUUCUGAAGUUGACACCGUUGCGCAUAGCCAACGUGCCCCCUCCCAUGUCUCUACUCCGGCUUCCACUGGACGCCUGCCCUGUCGACGUGGCAGUCUCCAAGUCCUCCACUCGAAUAGCAGUUGUGUCGGUAGCAGGAGUCGCGGUCUAUGCCUUGGACAUCAACAAGAGACCCGUGCCAAUGCCGUCCUUGCUGUGGCGUAGCAAAAUCCCCAGCGAUCAUCUUCCACGCCAGAUCGCCUUUCUCGGAGACGAUAAGAUCUUCGUGCUGGCAGACAGGUGGGAGGGGGAUGAGAGUUUCUUGUGGACUAACGAGGCAGAAGAUCUGAUCCCAUGUGGCCCAAUACUGGAAUCGGGGCGUGCGUCCUCCCUUGUGACCAGCGUUGACUAUCAGAAAGUAUUCAUACAAUUUGAAGACGGAGCCUUGUACAAUGUUGGGUUGAUCGAUGAUCAAGAGGAGCCAUCGGCCUUCAGCACGACUUUGGUGCUGAAAACUCCACCAUCUGCCCCCGAGGUUAAGGUAGCUAUCAUGGACGCCGAACUUUUGGCUUUCUCCUUGUCCAGGAGUGGCGUACUGUGCGCGAACGAUAGGAUACUUGUUCGAAAUUGCACGUCAUAUGUUGUUACACCCUCCCAUCUCAUAUUCACGACAACACAGCAUCUUCUCAAAUUUGUCCAUUUAACAGCGGUGAACGACUUGGAAAUUCCGCUGGAUGAACCUCAAAAAGAUGAGAGAUGUAGGAGCAUUGAAAGGGGUGCCCGUAUCGUAACUGUUAUGCCAUCCACCUAUACUAUCGUCUUGCAAAUGCCUAGGGGCAAUCUCGAAACCAUCUAUCCUCGCGCCCUUGUGCUCGCGGCUAUCCGACGCAGCAUAGAUGAAGACCGCUAUGGCGACGCCUUCCGCACUUGUCGAAGCCAGAGAGUCGAUAUGAAUAUCCUGCAUGAUCAUGACCCUGAUCGCUUCAUGACCCGAAUUGAAGAGAUCGUUGCGCAAAUCGGAAGGGUGGAGCAUAUAGACCUUCUCCUCUCGCAGCUUAGAAACGAGGAUGUCACGGAGACGAUGUACAAAGAGACGUUGAAGCGAAAAGAUCUGGGCAAGAAAGCCCCCCAGCCACAAGCGGCGGUGGGCUCUAAAGUCAACCGUAUCUGUGACGCCUUCUUGGCCGUUCUUGAGAAGCCCCAAUACAGGGAGGUCCAUAUCCAAAACAUCAUCACCGCUCACGUUUGCAAGGUCCCAGCGGAUUUAGAAUCAGGCCUAGAGAUGAUUGGGCGACUUCAGAGUUUGUUUCCCUUUCCAACUCCCUAUCCCCCUUGGCCCCACCCCCCUUCUCCCCCUAACUUAGAACCAGAGACGCAAGAUCCUGUCACCGAGAAAGCGGCGGAACAUAUCUGUUUUUUGGCCGAUGUAAAUCAACUUUACGACACUGCCUUAGGCCUCUACAACCUCGACUUAGCUCUGCUCAUCGCGCAGCAAUCACAAAAGGAUCCGCGGGAAUACCUACCGCAGCUACAAUCGCUUCACGAUUUACCUCCUUUGCGUCGGAAAUUCCGGAUUGACGAUCAGCUGGGGCGUCGGCAAAAGGCCCUCGCGCAUCUGAAAGACCUGGACGCGUUUGAAGAGGUGCAGGACUACGUACAAAAGCAUGGCCUCUAUGCCGAAGCACUGCAGCUAUAUCAUUAUGACAGUAUAAGCACGAGAGUCAUCAUGAGACACUACGCCGACCAUCUGGCUAUAGAGGAUCGUCACAAAGAGGCCGCAAUAGCAUACGACUACCUCGAAGACCAUAGUGCUGCGUGGCCACACUAUCGCUCGGCCCAUUUGUGGCAGGAAGCUCUCUCAUCAGCCAUACUCGCUGGUGUAUCAGAGGCUCAGCUCUUAUCUCUUGCCGCUUCCCUCGCUGAAGAUCUUGCUGAGUCAAAAGACUACGUCUCGGCAUCCACUAUCCAACUCUCGUACCUUAGAGAUCUCCCUGCAGCCAUCAAACUUCUCUGUCGGGCCUGCCAAUUCGCCGAAGCUACGCGCCUCCUGACGCUGCAUCGAGACACUACCCUUUUUUCUUCUAUUCUGGAUCCAGCCCUCAUCGAACGGUCCGGUGAGACGACUGAAUUUCUCGCAGAGAUGAGAUCCCAGCUGCUUGCUCAGGUACCGAGGCUGCGGGAACUGCGCAUCAAGAAGGCGGCUGAUCCCUCUGCCUUCUUCGAAGGCCUUGAUGACAGCAGCAAUAUCCCCGACAAUGUCUCCGUCGCACCCACCGAGACUACAAGUGGCGGUACCUUCAUGACGCGUUACACCAAUCGAAGUAGCACGGUCAAUACGGCAACAACAAGACGCACGAGCAAGAAGAAAAGACAAGAGGAGCGGAAGAGAGCACGCGGGAAAAAGGGCACUGUGUAUGAGGAGGAAUACCUAGUCAACAGUAUUGAGCGCUUGAUCGACCGAGUGAACGGGAUGGGUGCCGCCGAGGGGGAGGUGCAGAGGCUCAUCGAAGGGUUGGUCAAGAGGGGUAUGAGAGAGAGGGCCGAGGCGAUUAGUAACGCAAUGGCAGACGUGGUAGAGAGAUGCAAAGCGGCAGUAGCAGAGCUAUAUGAGAAGAAUAACGAGACGGAAAAGGAUGAAGGGCAACUUCUCAGCAACGGCGAAGCUGUACUGGCUUUCCACCGGGAUCCAGAGGUAGAAAGGCCGCCACUGUCCGGUGCCGACGCAACUCUCUGGGCCAGCAUGGCAGAGGUCAAUCGGAAGAGACCUCCGCCUAUCGUGAAAGAUUUUAAGAGAAUUUGCCUGCUUGGAUAGCUUCGUCCUGUAUAUAGAAACAGAACUUUAGCUACCUCUAACAGUUUUUUAUAUUAAUACAUAUUUGUAUUAAUCUAUAUAUUUAGUCUAGAAACUAUAAU